GUUUGUGUUUUACGUCAUGCAGUGCGAAAUUUCCCAGCCAAAAACAACUCAAAGGCUGUGUUGUCAAUGUGAUUUGUUUUUCUAUGAUCUAGCAUGUUAUUUAUUAUCUGAUCCUAUACUAUCUACUCCAAAAGAUUUACCUGUAGAGCAGAAAAUGACAAUUUGUGACCCAAACUAAGGCUUUUUUCAGCUAAAAAAACUGGCCAAAGACAGAUAAGUUUAUCUUUUUAACAAUUAACAACAACAAUAACCUAUAUGUCAAUGACCUUUCAAAGACAAAAAUAAUGUGACAACAUUGUGACAUCCAUAAAGGCGUGGUUUCAACGGUUUGACCAUUAACCUCACUUAAAAUUGUUGUCAAACAGCCAGUUUCGAACACUCCUCAAGUGUUAGCUUUUUUAACAAAAUUUACUGUAAGUUUAUGAGUUGAGCCCCCAAAAUGACCAAUUCUUCCCUGCUCGGAGCUUUGCUUUGUACGCUCGCAGUUCUGCUGCUUAUUAAUGAAAGUCACGCAAUCAAGUGCUGGGACUGUCGAUCUGAUGCCGACUCGAAAUGCGCUGAUCCGUUUGAUAACACUACAUUUGCCAAUACUGAUUGCGACCAGGUGAAACCCAUUUCAUACAUCUUUGAUAAGGACAAUUAUAAAACGCAAAAGGCUACAAUGUGUCGCAAAAUCAGGCAAAAAGUAAACGGCGUGUGGAAGUACUUUCGAAGCUGCGCCUUUUUAGGGGAGAUUGGAAUCAAGGGCGACGAAAGGUUUUGCUUGAUGAGGACUGGCACUUACAACAUUUUUAUGGAGUACUGCACAUGCAACAGUAAAGAUGGAUGUAACACUUCCUCUCAUAAUAGCAUAUCAGUGGUUUUCCUAGGGUUAUCAUUGCUGGUUCUUUAUGGCUUUUGGUAAUUUUUUAUCGAGGAAAGCUAGUAGGGAAAGUGCCUUAAGUUCAAUUGUGAUUAAUUUUGAUGUAUUUCCGGGCAAGACUCUAAAAGUUUCACCCGGUUAUUUUUUUAACUGCGGUAGCUAUUUGUUCAUUUAAUGAUACACUUAAGAAUCUCAGGUUGCACCGUAGAUGCAACUGUCCGUCCAUGUAAAUAUACUCUGUAUAUUUUUUUUGUACUUGUAUUUUAUACACAACAAAUGCUUUUAUACGUA